CAUCUCACAGGAUUAAUACCAUUUACUAACUAUACUGUGAGUAUAAUACCUUAUAAUUAUGGCAUGACUGGACCAGCUAGACAAGAAAAUCAAAUAACACCUGAAUCAAUUCCUGGUAUAAUAUCUAACUUUGAACAAAAUCACACUGCACUUACUGAAAUUAGCAUAUUAUGGAAUCCUCCUACAAUACCUAAUGGUAUCAUUACGGCAUAUGAAAUACGAUAUAGAGAGUCUACCAGUACUGGUCCAUACAAUAUAACUAACACUACUAACACUCAUUACAGUAUAGUAGGAUUGAUGCAUGACACUAGUUAUAUUAUUGGAGUGAGAGCAUAUACUAGUAUUGGACCAGGAGAAUGGACUGAAAGAGAAUACACCACUGCUCAAUUGCCUAUUGUUAGUAAUUUUUCUGUCACUCAAGUCAAUGCAACUGCUUUGGAGUUUCAAUGGUUAUCAGUGAAGGAAAAAGAAGCUUAUUUUUAUACAGUUUAUUAUAUAAGCUCUUUUUGUUCUGGAUCAUUGACAUUUAGCAAAAAUAGCAGCUACCACAUUAUACCAGCCGAGGGUAUUGCUGGAAUAAAAGUAUAUCUAUUUUCAAUAUCAGUAACACUUAAAAUAAGGGAUACACUAUAUGAGGGAGAAAGGAGUCCAUUUAUUCCACAAGAAUUAAUUAGAACUGAGCCAACAGAAACAAUUUCUGAUGAACCAAUAACACCUGGCUUAAUAAGCACCAUAUUGAUUAUGAGCACUUCACUUCUGACUAACAUAAUACUAUCAGUAAUACUCAUGAUAUUAUGUACAAAGAGUAAAACCAGCAACAAUAAUAUGAAUAAUGGUGAUAAUCUAAUAAUGAAAAAAAGUCCAGCUUAUAACAACAUUAUUAUGAAGAAACAAUUAAACCAAGAAGGCAUUGAUGGACCAACUUAUGAAUUAGCUGAUUCAGCCCCACAGCUUUCACAUGCUCCUGCUGAGUAUGAAACAAUUGCACAAUUGUAACAUCAGUAAUUUAAACUAUUCAUGUAGUUUAGCUUUUUGCUGCAUAGACUAUAUUUUUGCAUAAAUCUUCAUAAGCAAAUAAA